AUGAAAGUUGGUAAAUUUUGAUUCUAUAUAAAUCAUCCCUCUAUAGCUAGAUACUCACAAAAACAUCUUAGCUCAAAUCAAAGUCUAAUACAAGCAUAUAGCAAAUGGAUUCUCGUUUCCAAUUCGUGCUUUUUGUGGUCACUUUUGCAACAAUUUUGAGUCCUACCAUUGCAAAGCUGACUCCAAAUUAUUAUGACAGAAUUUGUCCUAAGGCAUUGCCAGUCAUAAAGUCAAUUGUUAAGCAAGCAAUUAUUCGUGAGCCACGCAUGGGAGCAUCAUUGCUACGUUUGCAUUUCCAUGACUGCUUUGUUAAUGGUUGUGAUGGAUCGGUUCUACUAGAUGACACCCCUACCUUCAUUGGUGAGAAGACUGCAUUUCCAAAUAUCAAUUCAAUUAGAGGUUUUGAGGUUGUUGAUCAAAUCAAAGCUGCAGUUACCAAAGCUUGCAAACGCGAUGUCGUAUCAUGUGCCGAUAUUUUAGCUAUAGCAGCUCGAGACUCUGUUGCCAUUUUGGGUGGUAAGCAAUAUUGGUACCAAGUGUUACUAGGAAGAAGAGAUUCAAGAUUUGCAAGCAGGGAUGCAGCAAAUACAAAUCUUCCUCCUCCAUUCUUUAACUUCUCACAACUCAUCACAAAUUUCAAGUCACAUGGACUAAACCUUAAAGAUUUAGUUGUUCUAUCUGGUGGUCACACAAUUGGAUUUUCCAAAUGCACUAACUUUAGAAAUAGGAUCUACAAUGACACCAACCUAGACACCAACUUUGCUGCCAAUUUGCAAAAGACAUGCCCUAAAAUCGGCGGCGAUGACAAUCUAGCACCAUUUGAUUCUACUCCUUCAAGAGUUGACACAAAAUACUAUAAGGCUUUGUUGAAUAAACAAGGUCUCCUUCAUUCUGAUCAAGAGCUUUUCAAAGGUGAUGGUUCUCAAAGUGAUAGAUUGGUUCAACUUUAUAGUAAAAAUUCUUAUGCUUUUGCAUAUGAUUUUGGAGUUUCUAUGAUUAAGAUGGGUAACUUGAAGCCUCUUACCGGGAAAAAGGGUGAGAUAAGGUGCAAUUGCAGAAAAGUUAAUCAGAACUGAAUAUUAUAAUGAUGGAUGGACUACAGCAGAAUGAAGAAAGAUAAAGAUUGAUUAAUUGUUUAAUAUAAAGUUGUGCCAAUUUUUUUAUGCUCUAUAAAUUAUUCAAAUAUUUUGAUUGUUGAGAAUAAUAAUUCUAGGUUCAAAACAGAACCAUGAAUUGUUAAGGAGUCUGUUAAACGUGAUUUUCAAUUUAUUGUUUUCAUUGUAAGUCUUAAAUUUUAUGUGACUAAUUUUUUUAGAAA